GUCACUUUUGCUUUAUGGUCUGUCUUCUACAAAUAAGCAGUAUUUCUCAUCCACCCUAUUUUUCCAAAUAACAGCCGCUUACUCACAGAAAUGACUUCUAAAAGUGAAAAGGAUCGAGCCAAACAGAUCCAGGAUCGAUGUCAGAACAUUUUGAUACAAUUACUCAAAGAUGAAGACAAUAAAUAUUGUGUUGACUGUGACGCAAAGGGUCCACGCUGGGCGUCAUGGAACCUGGGCAUAUUCCUGUGCAUCCGGUGCGCCGGCAUCCACAGGAACCUCGGCGUGCACAUAUCGAAGGUCAAGAGCGUGAACCUGGACUCGUGGACUGCCGAACAAGUGGUGUAUCUCCAACAAAUGGGAAACUCCCGAGCGCGCGCCGUGUACGAAGCCAACCUGCCCGACUCGUUCCGAAGACCGCAGAACGAUUCCUCAUUGGAGGCCUUCAUACGCGCCAAGUAUGAGCAGAAGAAAUACAUUGCCAAGGAAUGGGUGCCGCCUACGAUGCCUAAAGUCAACUGGGACAAAGAGAUAGACGAGGAAUUAGAAAAACAAAAACGUAAAAAGAGAGCCACCACGUCUGGACUGGGACCUCUACCUGCACCUUCGACUGAUAAGAAAUAUAAUAAAUCCGACGUCAUACCGAGUUUACCGAAGCCAAAGUCAUCAGUGAGUCCCAAAUUAGGCAGGAACACACCAACAAGCCAGGAUACAAGUAAAACGUCCAACGGUUCAGCCGACUUACUGGGCUUGGACACCACAGUCACCAAGCCAGAAGUCAAACCAACAAACAACGAUGACAUCUUCUCCAGCUUCUUCUCAGCACCAGCAGAGAAACCGGCACCGAAACAAGAAGAAACCAAACCUGAUCUCAAAACCGAAGAGGAGAACUUCUUCAAACAAGCCGCUCCAACGGAAAAGGAAAAGUCAAAGUUAACUAAGGACAGUAUACUUGCGUUGUACAGUCAAACACCUUCCAACACUUUAGCGAGUCAGUUCAACAGUCAAUCAACUGGUCAAUUCAACCCGGUGCAGACUCAACCGGGUCAAUUCAAUCAGCAGACUCAACCCGGUCAAUUCAAUCAGCAGUCUCAACCCGGUCAGUUCAACGUACCACCUCAAGGACAGUUUGGUACAUUCGGCUCAUUGUACCAACCGUACAACAGUAUGGGAGUCCAAAACGGUAUGCAAUCGUUCAAUCAGUUCCAACCGAUGACAAAUCAGUUCCAACAAGCGUUCCCAAAUCAAAUGCCACAGCAGCAAAUGCAAAAUCAGCCUGUACAAAAUGCUCAGCCGUUCCAAAAUCAGUCGUUUUUCCCCCAACAAACACCUUUGUCCCAACAGUUUGGUAGUCUCAAUUUAGGGCAAAACUUCGCUAGCGCGUUCCCUCCAAACCCAAACGUGGCAAGCAAUACAUGGCAAUAGGUUAUUUUCUUUGCACGUUAUUUAGACCCUUAUUAUUGAGGCAUUUGAGUUCAUAAUCGUACCCUCACAUACGCCAUUUUGACGCGUAUGAACGAAUUUGAACUUCGGCUCGAUUGUGUCGAACAAAUCAGUUCAACAAGUCUAUUGGGCUUCAUAUCCCAUACGACUUGAAUUAAAAUUGAGUAAGAUUUCACGUAUAAAGCAUUCGAGGCCAUAAAAUGUCUGAUUACGAGCCUUAGAUUUCUCUAACACGCAUUGUAGAUAACGCAAUAUAUUUAUAAAAUUAACGCUCUACAACGUAUAAUGGGCACGAGCGUCAAUCCGACAUUUAAAAUCAGUACCAUAGAUAAUACACUAUAUCAGUACUGUCAAAGUAUUUGAACGUAGCGUCUUACAUUCAAACGUCAUAUUGUCUAUGAAUGAGUCAAGUUUUUUUUUUAAUAACUUGUCCCAUACUUUUAAACAUUGUACUUGGGUAAUGUCUGAUAAUAAAAGUAUCCAUAUGUGGCGGAAAUAGAUACUCAUUUAUUUAUAAAAAUGUUUAGUAUGACGUCACUUUAUCCGCUCGUAUAAGUACUUAGCAAAAAUGUUCAUGAGUGGAAUUGCCAUGUCGCAUUACACUGUAUCUUCAGAUACCUGGUGUUUUAUUAACACUCAUAAAUUAGUUCCACGGAAUGGUUACAUAUUUACAUUAAUUUAAAUAUUAUUUUAAGACGUAAAAAGAACAGUUUAUAGUCGACCAACUGAUCUGUGAACACAAAAAAAAAAUCGGUGCCACGCUAUUGGUCGACAAUAUGUCGUCCUCUACGCGAGAUAUCUAUCACGUCCCCUGCAGGACAUCUGCUUUUAGUAGUAUCUUCCAAACGUCACGAUCUUGAGGCGCCUGCAUCCAGCGAAUCCCUGCGACUCCUUUGAUGUCGUCAGUCCACCUGGUGGGGGGGUCGACCAACACUGCACUUUCUAGUGCGGGGUCGCCAUUCCAGCAACUUGGGACCAUGACCUGCAUCUUUGGUUUACUGAUAUUAUUUUAUCCGCUGCCAUCGAAUCAUAGUCAUAACAUCCAAUACACUAAGGGUUCGUUUACACGAGCGGCAAUUGCUACCGACGACCGCAGUCGACUGCAGUCGACGACGACGGUCGCUGACUGCAGUCGUUUCUGUUUGUUCGUGUUGAGUAAGUGCCGAUGGUUCCAUGUGGGACCACUACGGCGUCAUCGGGGGUUUUGGGCGAGCGCAGUAGCAUCGCCUGAUGAGACCCGAAGGCUGAAAUAAAGAUAGAGGACGGAACGACUUUCUAAGGGCGUCUCCUAUGAGACUCGGACCUCGGCUUAGAGGGCCAUUCGUGACUGCAGUCGACUCGGCAGCUACCGCCGGCAGGCGCCGACUGCAGUAGAAUGCCGUUGGCUGCCGCCGAGACGUCGUUGACUGCCUCAGACCAAUUAUUGUAUAGGACCUGCCUCGCUAGACGUUACUUUUCUGUCAAAAUAUAACGAUCAACGAUCUAAAGCGAUUAUAAAAACUGUCUCUAUAGUAUCGAUGUUAAAUAUUUGUAAUCGUGUUCGUCGGUUAAAGAGCUCCGUAAAAAUACCUUUUUGUGUAAUUGAAUUGUGUUAAAAACGGGCAAAAACUUCCAUUUUAGUAUAAGAUAUAUACCAAAUCUAAGCUCGUUUUCUUCAGAAAAUGACAGACAAUUUUGUUCGUGACUAUGAGUACGAUACAGGUCCUUCUAUAAUUGGUCUGAGUUGACUGCAGUCGUCGGUAGCAGUUGCCGCUCGUGUAAAUGAACACUACGAUAAUAAUCUUAUCUAAUCCAAACUAUCGUGAUCUAAAAUCUUAUCGGAAUGACCCGACUUGAUAUAAGCGUCAGUCGUAAACAUAUUUCAAAUUUGGAUCGGCUAUAUGUGUAUGUUAUUAUAUUUAUACUUAAACAUACUAAAAUAUCUACAGUCACUCUUUUUUCAAUAUUUCAUUGAUUUAUUUGUCACUUAUAUAUUUUUAGGCAUAUCUUAUACUGAGAAUAGAUGAGCUAUAGUUAUAUUAGUUACCUAUCUGGCUACACCCUAUUGUUAAAAAAAAGUUUGUUUAUUUUUUAUUUUCCAUUAUACAUGUCAUAUAAAACAAACAUGGUAUAUUUUUUUGUUUAAAAUAUUUUUAUAUGAUUUUUUUAUUACAUUUACGAACGCUCUAAAGUAUUAUUUUUAAAACAUGAAUAUAUUCAUAUUUGUAAAUAAAAUAGGGUAAGUUGCCUAAAGUUGUACCACGGCAUAAGUCGAACCCGAACGGCAGUUUUGACGGCCUCUGUGGCGCAGUGGAUUUACAAGACGGAGGUCCUGGGUUCGACCCCGGCUGGGCAGAUUGAGAUUUUCUUAAUUUGUCCAGGUCUGGCUGGUAGAAGGCUUCGGCCGUGGCUAGUUACCACCCUACCGGCAAAGAUAUACCGCCAAGCGAUUUAGCGUUCCGGUACGAUGCCGUGUAGAAACCGAAACGGGUGUGGAUUUUCAUCCUCCUCCUAACAAGUUAGCCCGCUUCCAUCUUAGACUGCAUCAUCACUUACCAUCAGGUGAGAUUGUAGUCAAGGGCUAACUUGUAAAGAAUAUUAAAAAAAAAGUAUCCUUUUUCGCAGAGGUACGACUUGAGCAAUGUUACCCUAUUUUACUGACAAUAUUAUUGUGUACCUAAUGGUACACUUGUAAAAUGUUGUGCAAUACAAAAGCCCCGUUACUAUAAAAGUUGUGUGUAGACUCUUUGUCUUCUUUUGAAUGUUAAAUACUGAUUACUGAAAAAGAAAAAUGUAUGUUAGGCUUAACUCAGCCCUCGCCCGCGUUCGCAAGCGCAUUCUUUACCAGGCAAAUAAGGCUUAGGAAAAAAUAUUGCUGGAUUUAACUGAAGGUGGUGUAUAUAUGUAUAUCUACUGUUAAUAUACAUUUGGGUAUCCACCUCCAACUUUUCAGUUGUGUGCAUUUUAAGAAAUUAAAUAUCACUUGUCUCAAACGGUGAAGGAAUAACCUGCAUACCAGAGAAUUUUCUUAAUUCUUUACGUGUGUGAAGUCUGCCAAUCCGCAUUGGACCAGCGUGGUGGACUAUUGGCCUAACUCCUCUCAUUCUGAGAGGAGAGUCAAGCUCAGCAGUGAGCCGAAUAUGGGUUGAUAAUGAUUGUGUACAUUAUUCAUAGUCAUGUUCGCAUGUUACUGCCCGCCCCUUUCUCUCCCUCCGCUUCCCCUCUGACGUCAUGAUCAGUGUCUCUGUUCCGCCGAGCGAGGAGUCAAGCGAUUUGACUAUAGCUGUUCAUAUAUACAACAUUUAAUACCGAGGCUGUAUUCUGUAUUUAAAAAAAACAUAAUAUUCCAUUUUAUUUAUAACUAGAAUUGUUUUAUUUUUAUUAUCUACUAUAGAAAUUAUUUUUUUUAUUAAAAUUUAUACACAUGAUUUAGAAUUAUCGUGCACUAUUCAAAUAUUAUUGUAAUGUUAGUGUGAGUGUGUUUCUGUCUGUAAGUUAAUAUAGCUAGCGGGCAUCACAAUAUGAGAAACGCGAAAUUAUGUAUGAAAAUUAAGUUUAUCUGGCACUUCAACUUUCACACACUGAAUAAUUUUGUGUUUACUUACUUAAAAUUGCCCGCAUACACACGGAAAACAAAAAUAUUGUCAAUAAAGUAGAGUAAGUUGGCGUAUGUAUACAGUACCCUAUAAUUUAUUGCCAAAUAUAUUGUGUGAGCAACCAUAGACAACAAACAAGUAUAAUGUUCAACUGCUAGGUAAAUGUAAUUUAGAUUUUAUUGCAGACGUUGGGUAUGUUAAAUCGGAAUUUCUUAAACAAACAAUAACCUGCCCAUGGUCUAGUUUGGACUACUGUGGCCCUCAAUCUGAACCAUACUCUUAAGCCUGUAAGGCCUAGUUUGGACUACUUUAGUAUUUUAGUCGAGUACGAACGAUUUUUGGGUGGUAAAUGCAAAAAUUUUUCGCACUCGACUAAGACGGUCUCGCCUAUUAUAUGACGUCUCUUAAAUUAGCUGAUAUCGAAAUUCUUGUAUUGCGCAUCUUAACGCACGAUGUUCUGAAACGUCAUGAACUUUGCAUCAUACUAUAGAGUAUAGAUAAUGUUGGUGUUUUUCAUACAUUUGCCUGAGCCAUAUAUAAGUUGCGAACUGUUGUUAUUAUUGCGGCCGUGUACUGUUUAUGCAGAAUCUAUUCCAAAAGGUUUUUCAGAUUUAUUUGUAUGAAGUAUGUGUCUAGCCCACCAUAAUAAGUAUUUUAUAAAGCAAUAUUUUGUUUAAAUGUUACCUAUAAUUUCCGUACUCAUAUGACAAAAACGGCAAUAAUUAUGCUUGGUGGGAGAAAUUACUGUACCUAGUGAUUUCCCUUAGAUAGAGAAGGUAAUAGACAUGGCGUGUAAGUCAAGUUCCAAACCAUAAAGUUAUCUAACCCUGUGAGGGUGUCGCUGUUGUCGCGCUUUUUAGUCACAGACGUUAACUUUUAAUAUAAUGUUUUCUAAAAUAGUGACCUCCAUGUCGUUAGUUCCACUUUUGGCCACCGGGUUGACCGUAAUAAAAUAUGGAAUUAUACACCAAACCAUUUUAUCAUGAAUAUAUUUAAAGCUAACUUUGUAUUUUAUUAGCAGUAUGUUGUGGCUGUAAUUUGGUGUUUACAAUAUGUUUAUUCUUUAUUAGAUUGAUAUAACCAAAUAUUGAAUCGCCUUGUCUCGUUUUUGACACAGUCCACGUUUUAGUUGUUCUCUUUGUUUGUCGGAAUAAUGAAUGCUUUCGAUAUGUCUAUUUAUUUCUCUGUCUACGAAUUUCCCAAAAAAGUUCCUGUUAUUAUUACUGCUACUAAAAGGUUGAAAUUUUCAUGAAUGUUUGUCUCAACUUGGACAUACAAGUUGGAAAAAAAAAUCCUGAAUGUUGCAUUAUAUGUAAAGUGGUAAACACUUGGCUUGAUUUAUUUAUUGGUGCAUAAGUAACUCAAUACUUAAAUUAAUUUAUUUUGUAAUUAUCGUGAGCUAGCUUAAUUAAUAAAAUAACGAAACUUGUUUCAGAAGCCAUUUUUUAAAUAGUAAGUUAAAUAUAUUUUGGGUAGGUAUUGAAAUACAUGUGUUUAUUUUUUUUAUAGCAUUUUAUUAAUAAUAAUAUAAUUAAUGUAAUUGCACAGUUUAGACGUUGAUUUCAAGUUAAUUAGAUAAUAAUUAGUAAUUACUAAUAAUGAUUGUUCCUUCACUGUACUUUUAAUAUAAGCAUUCAGUCCAAAAUAUAUUUUGUUAAUUUUACAACCCCUAAUUUCAGGAUCUCAUUCAGCCCACAAACAAUUCAACUUCCUACUAAAGGUAGUCUUCCGUUCUUGGCGAUAGCGACCUGCGACCGCGACCGGGUCUCACGACCCACUGCUUAGUAUGAAUCUAAAUGAAGCACUAAACAAAAGCGGUUGCGCGACGCGAUCGCGGGAUGUCAUUAGUGCUCCAUAUAAAUUCAUACUAAGCAGUGGGUCGUGCGACCCGGUCGCGGUCGCCAAAAACGGAAUGCUACCUUAACCUUAACAUAUCUAAGUCUCACUGGAAUUCAGGAUAGUUUGCGCUUGCUCAAUCCUUCAAGUGACUGCUGCAGUCUCAUUAAGAAUUAUAUAGCAAAUAAACCAUUAGAAAUUUAUUUGGAUUAAAUGUAUACUUAUCGAAAAAAUCGAAACAGUCUGUGAACAGUACUUAGGUACGGACUGUCUCGAUUUUUUUAUGAAAAGUAUAUAGCUUGCAUUCAUUUUUAAAGCAAAUAUAGUGGCAGUAGUUAAUUCUCUACAUUUUUGCAAAAUGUUGAGAACAAUACCUACCUGCAUAUUAUAUACAAAUAAAAAUACAAUAGUAAUACUAGUAGAAUAUUUCAGUUAAAAUAAUAUUAUUUAUAAAUAAACGGACUGACUGAAUAAAUAAAAUAAUAAUGUAACUAAUCUAUAAUGUAUUAAUUAUUAUUUUAAUACCCAAGUGUUUGGUGUAUUUAGUUAAUGUUCGUAGAUAAAAUCAUUAAUCAUAAUCGGCCGGUUCACUUGUCAUAUUGGCGACCAAAUGGCUCGUAUUAAAUUUAAUUCUGUAUUUGAGUUUUGAAAUAAAUAUAAUGCCCAUA